AUGGAAGCACUAGAUCUUGCCAUUGAUGAAGAAAUUCUUCUCAGGAGAACAUCACGUACAGCAACAUUCACAUUAAGUUCAUCAUCUUCUUCAUCUUCGUCAUGUUCUAAUCUAUAUAAUCAUCAAAAUGGACAAACAUCAAAAACAACAAUAACAUCAAUGCGUACUUCAUCAUCUAAUUCAUAUAUGUCGAAAAAGCGACUACUUAUACAUUCCCAAUCGCUCAUACUUGAUAAUCAACGACAUCGUCCAACUAUUCAUGAUCCUUUUCAAUUAUCAUCAAAUCUACAAAUUUUAAAUAAUUGGAUGAUUGUAAUAAUAGAAAAUCAUUGUACACCGAUAAGAUCUUCGUCAACUCAUAGUUACGAACGUACAUCUUAUAAUUGUACAUCGAUUACACGUACAAUUACGACAACACAAACUUAUGUUGUUAUCACAACAACAGGUAAAAGUCGAAGAGAAUUGGGUGAAGUACAUGGUUUUUCUGAAGAACAAAUUGCUGUAUUCGAAGAAUCAUUUUCUUUAUUGGACAAAAAUGGCGAUGGAAAUAUAUCAAAUUAUGAAAUACGUUCAUUAAUGAAUUCACUUGGUUAUUCACCAAGUGAAGAAGAUAUUUCAACUGUGAUAUCAAAAGUUGAUACUGAUGGUAAUGGAAGUGUUGACUUUGAUGAAUUUUUAACUAUGAUGCGAUGCCGUCGAUCAACAGGUGAAAGUGAUACAGAAUUAUAUCAAGUUUUUAAAGUUUUCGAUAAAAAUCGAGAUGGUUUUAUUGAUAAGGAUGAACUUUAUGAUAUGCUUUCAAGACUUGGUGAACAUCUAACAGAAGAAGAUAUUAAAGAAAUGAUUGCCGAAGCUGAUUGUCUUGAUCAUGAUGGAAAAGUUUCUUAUGAAGAAUUUAAAGCUAUAUUAUACUCAAAAUAA